AUGAAUAUUUCUGUCACUUUUUUACUUGCAGUAUUUCUGACAGUGAACGCUGAUUUUAUAAACCCAGAAGAAGUUCACUUAUAGAGGUUUCCUCUAUAUAGCGCUGAAAGCACAGACAUUUUCCCAGGAGCCUUCCAAGUUCGUCGGACCGAAUCGCUUUUUGGUCCGACCAAGGCAUUGAUUGGUGCAACCAACCGAUAAAUUCCGAUCAGAAUUUAUCGGCCUUACAGCGCCAAACAUAGGAAACUUCUAUAUCUUGGACUGAAAAUCCCGGCGAGAUCAGAAUUACAUGGGCGACCAAGCUCCCAUCCAAGUCCUACGCUACUUUUCGGCCACUGCUCUGCGACAGUGUAGUGAAUCCUUCAGUUUGAAAUCAAUCAAGAAGCAACGAUACGAAAUUUAUUUAUGGGUCUCCUGAAAAAUACAACCAUCAGUUUAUUCAUACAGCGACCAUUUCAAACUUAAAUCCUAAUUGCUUUUAUGAAUAUUAUGUUGGAUGCAAUUGGGUAGUCAGCGAAAAAUUUGUUUUUUCAGGUAGAACCCCGGUGCUUAGCUCGACAGCAAAUGACGCGCAGGCUUUUAAAGCUUUGAUAUUUGGAAACUGGGGAUAUGGGAUAUCUGGACAGUAUAGUGUCUGCACCUCAUUGCACACCUUUGCACAAUAUUCUUCUCUGAAACUCGGAGUAUUGGCGAGUCUCCUUGGGGUGGUAAAUCAAUCCCAAGCUGGCACAUCCUGCCAUAAGUAUAUUCUUUUGUCAGCUUGGUGUUGGCUUGCCACCUUAAGGUGACUCGUCAACUAUCCAAAUUGCGAAGAAUAAGAUUGCAUCAAAGUAUGCAAUUAGUGCGCAGACACUAUAUACUUCUUACCUGAUGAGCCGAGAAAGCCAAAUAAGGGAUUUUGACGCGGUGUUUCAUUUAGGCAAUAUUGCUUACUCACUUGAUUCACACAAUGGAGAGACAGGGGACGACUUCUUUAGCAUGAUUCAGCCAAUAGCUUCUAGCUAUCCUUAUAUGACAAUUCCAGGAACUCAAGAAGACUUGGCAAACUACACACAGUAUCAUAUGAGAUUUCUUAUGCCGAAAAAUAAUGAUAAUAAGGGAACCGGAUUCUUUUAUUCGUUAAAUAUAGGCCCUGUGCACUUUGCCAUGAUUAAUUCAGAGCUAUAUUUCAAUAAAACUCCUGCAUCAUUAGCAUUAGAACAGACGAACUGGCUUAGAAGUGAUUUAACGUCAGCAAAUCAGCAAAGAACUGCAAGGCCUUGGAUAGUGAUAUUAAUGCAUCGUCCUCUUUAUUGUGCAUCUAACUUGUCACUGACACGACACACAAUUUGUGGAAGCGAAGCCACAGUUCUUAAAGAAUCUUUGGAAGAAAUUAUUUAUGACAAUUCAGUGGAUUUGGUAAUUUCAGCACACUUGAAUGGCUAUGAAAGAAGUGCUGCAAUAUAUAAAGGAGAGGUCUUAAAAGGAGCAAAUAGUACCGCAAAUUAUUAUACAGACCCAGCUGCCCCUGUUUAUAUAGUUAGUGGAGCUGCUGGCAAUUCAGAAGGCUUGGAUCCGCUAUAUCAAAGUGUUUCAGUCCCUGAAACGACUGAAUUCGUUGGCUCAACGUAUGGCUAUGGAAGAAUUUAUGCAUAUAACACUACUCACUUGUACUGGGAACAAUACAAUGCUGCAAACUUAACCCAGGUAGAUUAUCUCUGGAUAAGCAAGUCUCAAGCAAGAUAUUAA